GACGUUUUCAAAUCUGUUCUUCCAAAGUUGGCAUAUGAUUUUUUUCUGCAAUAGUAGGUUGAAUUCAACAGCAACUCUUCAUAAACAUUCAGUGCGUGCUGAUUUUACACACGGAGAUACAAGAGUCAGAAUACACGUCUCUUUCCCCUGCAGAUGUUUAAGUCUUCUGAGGAGCAUAGGCGUGCCCUGUGAGCACAGGGAUUUUUGUCCAUUUUAUUUACUUUGUUCACUGCUAAAUCCCCAGCUUUGAGAGCAGAGUGUGGCACAUGGCAGGUGCUUCCUAAACAUUUGUUGAACAAAUAAACAACACACAGACAUAUGCUCAAGGCUCAGGAUGGCUGCAUAGAAUGUGAUGGGUUCUGCUGUACAUCCGUGGAUCCCCACCAGGGAUCUCGCUUCACAGUCGGAGGUCUCAGUAGGGGUUCCACGUAGGAGUGGGCAGGACGUUGAGGAGACCCCAGGUGCUCAGGGUUGGCAGCACUGCCUCUGCCUAAGAGCGAGCUGUCAGGCCGUGAGGCCCAGUGGGCGCAGUGGCAGGAAGAGGCUGGUGUCAGACAGGGUCUGUGUCCAAUAGGACCUUGUAGGGCAGGCCCGGGAGCUGGGAUUUGAUGCUGCAGCCAGUGGGCUGUUGGGGAAGGACCUGAGUGGGGUGGUGACAGGAGUAGAGCCGUGCUUUACAGACUUGUCCUGGCGGCAGUGAGGGAGGACAGACUGCGUAUGCUCCAGAAAAGCCUCCCCCUUUACCGGACCCCUGCCUCUUGGGGUUGGCGAGCUUUGACUGGUUUGAAGCCCAUUUUUCCCUGCUCGUGUGUGGCUUGGCUGCCCCGCAAUGUGGAGGAGCCCCAGUACUCUUCCUAGCAGCACCAGGACGCACUACAGAUUUGCAGAAUGUGCCCAUUGUUUGUUUUUAAAGGUAUGUGUUACUAAAAAUGACGCAGCCUGAAGGUCAGGACCUAACCCUCCUGGGGCCAAGGCUGGGAGCAUAGCUGGGAUGGCAGUUCCUGAGUUAAUAGCAGGUGUAGCUCAGGUAGAUGUGGCUGCUCCCCAGGUGCUGACAUGGGCCUCGGGGAUGCCUUUGAAAUUUAAUCGAAACGGGUUUAGGAAAAACCAAAAUGCUGAGGUGCUACCUCAAAUAGCAGACGUGACAUUUCCUGGUGGUCCAGUGGUUAGGACUUGGCGCACUCACUGCUGUGGCCCGGGUUCAAUCCCUGAUCGUGGAACUUAGAUCCUGCAAGCCACACAGCGCAGCCAAAGAAAUAGAAAACAAAACAAAUAACAGGUGCUGGACUCCUGGACUCCUCAGGCAAAGACAAGUCACCACCUCAGCACAGCUGGCCUGUUCCUGGACCUUGAGGCUGGCAGCAGAGGACACCUGGUUUCCCCCGUGACCCUCUAGUGGAGCCUCCUCACGGCGUUGAGCUUGGAGCUGUGUGCCUGUGGUGCCAGACUAGCCUGCCAUGGCAGACCAGAGACAGCGCUCCCUCUCUACCUCUGGGGAAUCCCUGUACCACGUUCUGGGGCUGGACAAGAAUGCAACCUCGGAUGACAUUAAGAAGUCCUACCGGAAGCUGGCCUUGAAAUAUCACCCUGACAAGAACCCAGACAACCCAGAGGCCGCAGACAAGUUUAAGGAGAUCAACAACGCCCACGCCAUCCUGACGGACUCCACGAAAAGAAACAUCUACGACAAGUACGGCUCGCUGGGGCUCUACGUGGCCGAGCAGUUCGGGGAGGAGAACGUGAACACCUACUUCGUGCUCUCCAGCUGGUGGGCCAAGGCCCUGUUUGUGUUCUGCGGGCUCCUCACCUGCUGCUACUGCUGCUGCUGCCUCUGCUGCUGCUUCAACUGCUGCUGCGGGAAGUGCAAGCCCAAGGCGCCUGAGGGCGAGGAGACCGAGUUCUACGUGUCCCCCGAGGACCUGGAAGCGCAGCUGCAGUCCGACGAGAGGGAGGCCGCAGACACGCCGAUCGUCGUCCAGCCGGCGUCCGCCACGGAGACCACCCAGCUCACAGCCGACUCCCACCCCAGCUAUCACACUGAUGGGUUCAACUAAAUUCAGGAGAAGCUGUGAUUCGAGGGUCAGUCAGCACCCAGCCACUCGACCUUAGAAUCAUGGACUGUAGUCCCAGAGGUGGGGCGGGAGCCGCCCUGGCCCCGGGAGGGCAGCGCCAGCCCGCCUCUGUGCCCGCUCACCCGCCGAUCCCUGACACACGAAGUGCGUAGCAUGCAGUGUUUAAAGCAGUUUAGCUACGGUCUUCUUCUUCUGUUGUUCCCUUUUUUAAUAGCAUGUGCAGGGUUACGUUCCAUGUCUGUCUGUACUGUGAGCGUGUUGCGGCCAGGCCGCAUUCCCCAGACGUGGGGCCGCCUCAGGGCUCUCGGGCAGGUCGACGCAGCGGUUGGACGGCCCGUGUGGUCCCUCGCGGUCAGGCGGGCUCGGGCUCCGUUCCCCGUGCCCAUGGGGGCCUGAGGCAGGUGCUGCCUGGCUGGAGCCGUGGGGUCUGCUCCCUGCCCCGUGCCUGCCAACCAUGUGGCCACAGGCAGGGCCUCUGGACUCACCUGCCAGGAAGGAGCUGGGCCCACUCUCCCAGCGCCGGGGCGUUUCUGUGGCAUUCGUACCAGGGACAGUCUGUGCGGGACCCGUUCACCUCGUCUGCUUAGCCUGUAGCAGUUGUUUCUCAUGUCUGACCUGAGGCCCCCGUGCUUCGAGUGUGCUCCCUCCCGGGGUGGGGACGUUCCCACACGUCCCCAGGCCAUGAGCUGGAUGGAUGGGGCCCCUUCCGCAGCCUCCACUCUCCCCUUCCCUGCAUCGUCCUCCACAUUCCUUCAGGCCCACCUGGCCUCUUGGUAAUGCUCUUUGAACCUCUAAGAACCACAGAUGGCAGCAGCGGCCCAAUUAGUGGUGGUCAGAGGGGCUGGGAGUCCAGGCUGCCUGUGGUGAGUGGGCUGCACAGCCCUCCCCUCUGUGCUUCCCAGAGCUCUCACCCCCCCGCUUUCCUCCGACUGCUCCCUUUGGCUGUCGUUGCUGGUUUGGGCAGAGCUAGAGACGUUGGGCUCACGGAGAAAGGACCAGCUGGACCAAAGGCACACUCAGGGCAGAGGGUUGGGUCCCCAAGUGGCCCUGGUGCCCUUGGGCUCGUUAGCCCGCAGCCAGACCACAGAAGCCCUGCUCACCUCUGUCCGUGCACCGUCUGUGGGCUGUUGGAAGCCAGUCUGUCUUGUCCGCGUCCAGACCUGUGGGUGGCCCCUGCUCUGAGGACUUGGAGACGUGGCUGUGCUGGGCCCGUGCAGACCAGCACCUGCCGCGGGACCUGCGUGGCCCAAGUGGGUCUGGUUUCCCAUCAUGCACCUCUCGACUGCUGGGCUCCUCCGGAAUGUCCCGUAGGGAAGGCCGUGGGGCAGGGGCAGCACGCAAUGAG